CAGAUCGAGCUUCAGGAUUUUCGUCGGAAACACCCGGAACUGUAUGUGCGAGAAAUGUGUGUUUGAGUGUGAAAACGCCUGAUCAUACAAUGUAUUUAUUUCAUGGGUUGCUAUUUAUUUCGGUGUUAUGUUAUAGUAUUGGCACUGAGAUCUCUCUUUGGAAUAUCGAAAUCACAUCGUCUCAAGAUGCUGUCUUCCGUAAAACAUUGUUUGCCAACACCACCGUCUACAUGAGAUUUCAAGGUGAUAUGGAAGCAUGUGACAAAAACCUUGCCUUCAACAUCAGCUGGUACCUGCGCUCUUCCAUCUGCUACAAUGAGAUCUUUAACACUGCAGACAACAAGGCGGAGAGCAUGUUUGGCUUGGAGCACAUGCUAAAGGAGAACUGGAAUGGCUACUACAGCCAGGGCUUCAUUUUCUUUGAGAACUGCUCCGCCCUUUUCACACCAAAGGUAUACUACCCUGAGUUUGCUCCAUACCAACCCCUCACCAGCCAGCAGGGUACUGAAAGCAGACCUUCAAAUCAGAGCAUACUCCAGGGGUGGAACGACAAGCCGUCAAUAGGUGCAGUGGCUAAGGCGUGGCAGGACAGUCCUUAUAUGUUCAUUGUGAGGGUGCGAGCGCAACCACGCGGCGAAGCCAAUGGGGGGCGACAAGCAGCAGAAGUCGUGGAGGAUCCCCCUUGGAAUUUUGCCUUCACCAUGAUGGUGGAGAUGAAAGGACCGUAUGAGUAUUCAUCCCCUGCUGACUGGCCACUUAUGAUGUUCUUCAUGGUCAUGUGCAUCGUGUAUGUUCUGUUCGGGACACUCUGGCUCCUCUGGUCGGCCUGCUACUGGCGUGACUUGCUGAGGAUCCAGUUCUGGAUCGGUGCUGUGAUUCUGCUGGGGAUGCUAGAGAAGGCUGUGUUCUACUCAGAGUACCAGAGCAUCCGUUACCAUGGCACCUACGUUCAGGGGGCCUUGAUUUUUGCUGAGCUCCUGUCUGCUUUGAAGAGGUCUCUCGCUCGCAUCCUGGUGCUCAUAGUCAGUCUGGGCUACGGCAUUGUCAAGCCAAGGCUGGGAACUACAGUGCACCGGCUGGUGGCGGUGGGGCUGCUCUACCUGCUCUUUAGCUCUGUGGAGGGGGUGCUGAGGGUUACUGGGAGUUUCUAUGGCACAGUAGCUCUUGUGGCCAACCUCAGCCUGUCCCUCAUUGACUCCUGUGUCAUGUGGUGGAUCUUCAUCAGUCUGUCCCAGACCACUCGUUUGCUGAAGCUGCGCAGGAACGUGGUGAAGCUGUCCCUCUACCAGCAUUUCACCAACACCCUCAUCUUCUCUGUGCUGGCCUCCAUCGUUUUCAUCAUCUGGACGACCAAAGUCUUCAAGCUGGUCGACUGUCAGACUGGCUGGAGGGACCUGUGGGUGGAUGAUGCCUUCUGGCGGCUGCUCUUCUCUACCAUCCUUUUGGUCAUCAUGGUGCUGCUACGACCCUCUGUCAACAACCAGAGGUUCUCCCACUCCCCACUCAUCGAUGAUGAUGAAGAUGAGGAUGAAGCCAAGGAGCCCAUGCUGAAUGAAGCCUUCGAGGGAAUGAAGAUGAGGGGGUCAAAGCCGGAGGCAAACGGAGCCCAGAAGUUGCUGAAUAAGGAGGAUGAGGACCUGAAGUGGGUAGAGGAGAACAUCCCCACAUCUGUGGCUGAUGUAGCACUUCCUGUGAUGCUGGAUGAAGAGGAGGAAAUUCUGAAAACCAAGAUGGAAAGAUCAAAAAUGGAAUAGAGAGGAUGAACACAAGAAGGCCACAGAGAGGUUCCACUGAGGAGGCAAUAGAUGCUCUGCUGUCAUAUUUGGAAAUGCAUAUUCAACGCUAGAUUUAUUGUUUACAUCAGCACGCAUAGGUUUGCUUUUUGCUUUUAUGAGCACCUGAAGCUUAUGCCACACCAAGUGAAGGUUCAAGAGAAGGGGAAGGCAGCUGGACAGUGUUGCUGGAAACUUUGGUACCUGCUGAGUCAGUUCGUGGUUUCUGCUAUGAUGCUGACACAACGCUCAGGGGCUUAACUGUGCUCCAAGGAUUAAUCCUGCCCAAAAUGAAUAGGCAUGAGCUGUUCACACAAAAAAAUCAAACCUAAGAGUUUUAUAUUUUAAAAAGCAGUUACCAUUUUAAUCUCAAUGUUCAUCUUUCUUUGAGGGAGAGAAGGUAAACGUCCCACUUGAAGAUGUUUUUCUCUGAUUUAAUUUCUUCUGGUAGUAUGUGCUUUAUGAUUAAUUUCAUGUAUCUUUGUCCAUGUUGCCUCAUAAGGACAGUUGGACAUGUAUCAACUGAUGUGGACAAGCAGACAGGCUUUGAUUGGCCGAGAAGGAAGAUAUGAAAAGUUCCUGCAUUUAGUACCAGGUCAGCAGGACUACUCCAGUUGGUCCUUUUGCACAUAAGAGUGCUGUGCUCAGUUUACAAGAGGGAGUGAUUGAAUGUCAUCCUUUCAUUGUUUCAGAGGAUACACUCCCUAAUGUGUACAAGAAAAAUAUGAAUGAUGCCCUCAUCUGUUCUUUAUUAGAUUUGCUGCUCAUCACUAACAAAUUUGAGUACAUGAGCUAUGAGUCACUCAGUCUACUGUAUUUCUUGUAUCUUUGUAUUGCCACAGUCUGGAUUAUGAUGAUUGUGGAUUGUUGUCUUCAUUGGAUAAGUGUGCAAACAUAUUGCUUUCCCCCCGCAACCCCUUCACCUACAAAUCCCUAAAUGAAGGUCCCAAUGCUUUUAAAAUGUGCAAUCUACUGCAGCCUGUGGCCCAUAUGGGCUUUUUUAUUUAUUUGGUACAUUCUUGGGUUCUGUGUUAUGUAAUAGAUAUAUAAGGGGUACACUUUUGUAGAACAGUAGAAAAACAGCAAGAAAUUUUGAUGUGAAAAUGGGUCUGCC